GUCCGUUGCUGCCGCCGUUGUCACUGUCACUCUUAUCGUUAUUGCCGACUUUAUCCUCGUACUCGUCUUCGUCCUUGUCCUUGUCCUUGUCCUUGUCCUUGUCCUUGUCCUCGUAAAAAUGGCGGGCGAAGCUAGUGCAUCAAACUCGAUCCCGAAAGCGGAAAUUGUCCGUGGCCAGAUAUUUGAAGUUGGGCCGCGCUACACAAAUCUGGCAUACAUGGGAGAAGGUGCCUAUGGUAUGGUUGUCUCUGCAUAUGACAACGUAACGGAUACAAAAGUAGCGAUUAAGAAAAUUUCCCCAUUCCAACAUCAAACAUAUAGCCAAAGGACAUUGAGAGAAAUAAAAAUUCUUACUAGGUUUAAGCAUGAAAAUAUAAUAGAUAUAAGGGAUAUAUUAAGAGCAACAACUAUAAGUCAAAUGAAAGAUGUAUAUAUUGUUCAAUGUUUGAUGGAAACUGAUCUUUAUAAAUUACUAAAAACUCAGGCUAUUAGUAACGAUCACAUAUGUUACUUUCUUUAUCAAAUUCUUCGAGGACUGAAAUAUAUACAUUCAGCAAAUGUGUUACAUAGAGAUCUGAAACCUAGUAAUCUACUUUUGAAUACCACAUGUGACCUUAAAAUUUGUGAUUUUGGUCUGGCAAGAGUUGCUGAUCCAGCUCAUAAUCAUGAUGGUUCUCUUACAGAAUAUGUAGCAACAAGAUGGUACAGAGCACCUGAAAUUAUGUUAAACUCUAAGGGUUAUACAAAAUCUAUAGAUAUUUGGUCAGUGGGUUGUAUUCUUGCAGAGAUGUUGUCUCGACGAGCCAUUUUCCCUGGCAAACAUUAUCUAGAUCAACUUAAUCAUAUUCUUGGUACUCUUGGAUCACCUUCGCCAGAGGAUCUUGAAUGCAUUUACAAUAAAAAGGCACGCAGUUAUUUGCAAUCUUUACCACAUAAACCAAAGGUUCCAUGGAUAACAUUAUUCCCGAAUGCAGAUCUUAAAGCACUUGAUUUAUUAGAUAAAUUACUAACUUUCAAUCCUAAUAAACGUAUUGUAGUUGAGGAUGCAUUGGCUCAUCCAUAUUUGGAACAGUAUUAUGACCCAGCAGACGAACCCGUUGCAGAAGAACCAUUUAAAUUUGAUAUGGAACUAGAUGAUCUUCCAAAGGAAACAUUAAAGCAGUACAUUUUUGAGGAAACUUUACUUUUUCAAAAGAAUCGCCAAGAGAAUGCUAUAUAAUGGACGACUGAAAGAGAUACAAAAUGGGCAAAUGCAUUAGAUAAUGGUAAACUUGUUAAAUAGCACUACUGUGGUAUAAAGAAAUGAAUAUGAGAGAAUUAUGGAAGAUAACGAAAUAUCUAGUACAAGCUUCAGAAGUGUAAUUAAUACGAUUACUUUUCUGUGAUUAUAAACGUUCGAGUCUACCAAAAUACAGUGAUUUUAUUGUUUUAGCAAGUAUAUAUUUUAGUUUAUACGCAAACAAUUUUAUUUAAUCCAAUUACACAUACUUACCUUAAAUACAAGAAAUACAUUGAAAUGCCGUCAUACACUUUCUGUGAUUUAAGUACUGAGCAAUGACAUAAUUAGUGUAGAAAUCAUAUGCAUAAAGUUGUAAGUUAAACCGAAAAUAGUACUACGUUUUUAUUAGAAGUAAAGUAACAUUUUUGUUUAACCAGAUAUUUCUGAUCUUGUAUAGUAAAGUUAAUUUAAUAAUUAUUUUAUACUUUGACAUUACAAAAAUCAACAAAAAAAGC